UCUCCUGGUCGACAGGGAGCGGAGAGUUGGCGAACAGAGUGGAUCAGAGUCGCUGUUGGGGACUAGUGAGCUUCUCACACAGCUGUCCGGAGGAGAGCUGCGGAGGGAGUCUGGAAACAUAUGAUCUGAGAAGGUGUUUUGUGUCCUCUUGUCUGCUGCUACCAGGAUGCAGUUCUCAGUCAGACUGAGCUUCUGCCUGCUGGGCUUCGUUCUCGUCUCUCUGUUCCCUCAGCCAGCGCAGGGCCAAGUUUCAUCGCCACGGCGAUUUCGUGCCAAAAUCCUGAGCCCCACCAAGCUGCAGGUGUCGUGGAAAGAGCCGAAAGGAGAGUUUGAAAGCUACAAGGUCAUUUACACCACACAGCCAGGUGGAGAACAGAAGGAGGUUCAGGUGUCUAAGAAGGGAGCAAAGCUGCUCAUCGAGGACUUUGACCCCUCUAAAGAAUACAACUUUAAGAUAAUUGCACUCAGUGGAAAACAGCAGAGCAAGCCACUUCAGGCUAAACAUGAAGCUCAGCGAUCGGGCGUCGAGGUAGUUCAGUCCCAGAGGACACAAGACAGCCAUGUCACUCAGGAGAACAACGAGAUCUCAGAAGCUGAAGAGGGGUUUAUGUGUAAGACUUCUGCCAUAUCCGACAUUGUUAUUCUGGUGGACGGCUCGUGGAGUAUUGGCCGAAUCAAUUUCAGACUGGUCAGGACAUUCCUGGAAAACCUGGUCAGGGCCUUCAAUGUGGAGUCUGACAAGACCAGGAUUGGCCUAGCUCAGUACAGUGGAGACCCCAGAAUCGAGUGGCAUCUCAACGCACACACCAGCAAAGAGGCUGUGAUCGAUGCAGUGAAGAACCUGCCUUAUAAAGGAGGAAACACACUGACAGGUCUGGCUCUGACCUUCAUCCUGGAGAACAGCUUCAAACCAGAGUCUGGAUCCAGGCCCGGCGUUCCCAAGAUAGGAAUCCUUAUCACUGACGGGAAGUCACAGGAUGACGUGAUACCCCCAGCACAGAGCCUGAGGGAUGCUGGGAUCGAAGUGUUUGCCAUUGGUGUGAAGAACGCUGAUGAGAACGAGCUGAAGGCCAUCGCCUCUCCUCCUGAGGAAACUCACGUCUACAAUGUGGCGGACUUCAGCGUGAUGAGUGACAUCGUGGAAGGCCUCACCAAGACCGUCUGCGAACAAGUGGAGAAGCUCGACAAGCAGCUCAAAGGGGGUGGAGAACCUGCCCCCCCGCCCAACUCUGUGGCUCCGCCCCGUGACCUGGUGACAUCUGAGAUCACAGCUCGCAGUUUCCGGGUGACAUGGACUCAUGCACCGGGCCAGGUGGAGAAAUACCGCGUGGUCUACUACCCAGCCAGCGGAGGACAGCCAGAUGAAAAAGUUGUCCAGGGGACAGAAAACAGUGUGGAGCUGAACUACCUGAACUCCCUGACGGAAUACCAGGUGGCGGUUUUUGCCAUCUACCGCAGCUCAGCUAGCGAGGCACUGAGAGGAAGUGCUACCACACUGGCCCUGCCCAUGGUGAACGACCUGGAGUUGUUUGAGAUCACUCACAGCACCAUGAGGGUCCGCUGGAAGACCGCUGCCGGGGCUUCUGGGUACAUGAUCCUGUACGCUCCACUGACUGAGGGAGAUCCUGCAGACGAGAAAGAGGUGAAAGUGGCGGACUCAGUGAACGAGGUGGAGCUAGAGGGACUGACUCCAGCCACAGAGUACACUGUGACGGUGUACGCUAUGUACGGAGAGGAGGCCAGCGACCCGAUGACCAGCCAGCAGACCACAUUGCCACUGACCCCGGCGAAGAACCUGCGUUUCUCAGACGUGGACCACAGUUCCGCCCGGCUCACAUGGGACUCCACCUCCAGGAAGAUCAAAGGCUACCGCAUCAUGUACGUCAAGACCAACGGAGUCCAGACCAAUGAGGUGGACGUUGGCCGCGUGACAACCUGGUUCCUAAGAAACUUGACCUCCCUGACGGAGUACACAGUUGGUGUCUUUGCCAUCUACGAUGAGGGACAGGCUGAAGCUGUGACUGACAGCUUCACCACAAAGACGGUCCCAGACCCGCUGGAUCUGAGGAGCAGUGACGUCUCCACAGACAGCUUCAGGGUGUCAUGGCAACACCCAGCGUCUGAUGUGGUUCUGUACCGACUCAUCUGGACGCCCACCGAUGGAGGAGACAGUGAAGAGGUUCUGGUGAACGGAAACAUUAACACCUACCUGAUAAAAGGACUCAGCCCCUCAUUAGAAUAUGAAGUCCUCCUUGCUGCAAUCUACAGUAACGAGGUUGAGAGUGACGAGGUGAUCCUCGUAGAGACCACCGUUGAAAGAACAACCACGGUUGCUACGACAACCACCACCACAGAAGCUCCUCGUUUCGGGGUGAAGAACAUGAGGAUCGAUGAGGAAACCACCUUCAGUAUGCGGGUGGCCUGGCAGGCUGUCGACUCGAGGAAUGUCCGACAUUAUCGACUGAACUACAUCAGUGCCAAAGGAGACCGAGCAGAGGAGACGAGGACGGUGCCCACAGGUCAGAGCAGUCUGGUUCUGCAGCCUCUCCUGUCAGAUACGGACUAUAAAAUCACCAUCACUCCUGUGUACCCUGAUGGAGACGGGCCGACAGCGUCACGAAUGGGACGAACACUUCCUCUUUCAGCUCCUAAGAACCUGCGAGUGUCAGAGGAAUGGUACAAUCGCUUCAGGAUCACCUGGGACGUUCCGCCUUCACCCACCAUGGGCUACAGGGUCGUGUACCAGCCUGUAUCUGCCCCUGGAGCAGCCCUGGAGACGUUUGUGGGAGAGGAUGUGAACACCAUGCUGAUCGUCAACCUGCUGAGCGGGACGGAGUACAGUGUCAAGGUCAUCGCCUCCUACACCACUGGAUCCAGCGAGGCCCUUUCAGGGAGGGCCAAGACCUUGUACCUCGGGGUGACCAACCUGAGUGCAUAUCAGGUGAGGAUGAAUGGUCUGUGCACCCAGUGGCAGCCUCAUCGACACGCCAGCGCCUACCGAGUGGUCAUCGAGUCACUGCUCAAUGGUCAGAAACAGGAGACGAACCUGGGCGGAGGAGCCAACAGACACUGUUUCAACAACCUGAAGCCCAACACGCAGUAUAAGAUAAGUGUGUACGCUCAGCUGCUGGAUGGGACUGAAGGGCCGGCCAUCACUGUUACUGAGAAGACAUUACCCGUCCCAACCCCGGCACCGACCAAGCCUCCCACCACCACGCCGCUGCCCACAAUCCCCGCUGCCAAGGAAGUCUGUAAGGCAGCCAAAGCGGACCUGGUCUUCCUGGUUGACGGUUCCUGGAGUAUCGGUGAUGAAAAUUUCCUGAAGAUCAUUCGUUUCUUGUACAGCACCACUGGAGCUCUGGACCGGAUCGGCCCUGAUGGCACACAGGUGGCCAUCGCCCAGUUCAGUGACGACGCCCGGACUGAGUUCAAACUGAACUCGUACAGCGACAAGCAGCGACUGCUGGACGCCAUCAACAAGAUCUCCUACAAGGGAGGAAACACCAAGACAGGUCGAGCCAUCCAGCACGUGAAGGAAAACAUCUUCACAACAGAGGGAGGAGUCAGGCGGGGAAUCCCCAAUGUCCUCGUUGUCCUCACUGACGGCCGAUCUCAGGAUGACGUCAACAAGGUUUCCAAGGAGAUGCAGAUGGAAGGCUACAUUGUGUUUGCUAUCGGCUUCGCUGAUGCUGACUACGGGGAGCUGGUGAGCAUCGCCAGUAAACCCAGCGACAGACACGUCUUCUUCGUGGACGACCUGGAUGCUUUUAAGAAGAUCGAAGAGAAGCUGGUGACCUUUGUGUGUGAGGCCGCCACUGCCACUUGUCCAUCUGUACCGAUGAGCGGAAGCACAACGCCAGGCUUUCGUAUGAUGGAGCUGUUUGGGCUGGUGGAGAAUCGGUACAGCAGUGUCUCUGGUGUUUCCAUGGUACCUGGCACCUUCAAUACCUUCCCCUGUUUCCACCUGCACAGCGACGCUUUCCUAGCACAGCCAACCAGGUACAUCCAUCCUGAAGGGCUGCCCUCUGACUACACCAUCACCAUGCUGUUCAGACUGCUGCCCAACACUCCAGAGGAGCCCUUCGCCCUCUGGGAGAUUCUCAAUAAGAACAACGAGCCGCUGGUGGGAGUCAUCCUGGACAAUGGAGGAAAAACUCUGACGUUCUUCAACAACGAUUACAAAGGAGAGUUCCAGACGGUCACCUUCGAAGGGCCCGAAAUCAAAAAACUCUUCUACGGCAGCUUCCAUAAGCUCCACAUUGCAAUCAGCAAGACGAGCGCCAAAGUGGUGAUCGACUGCAAGAUGGUGGCCGAGAAAAACAUCAACGCAGCGGGAAACAUCUCCAUAGACGGACUGGAAGUUCUGGGCAGGAUGGUCCGCUCCAGAGGGAACAAGGACAACUCUGCACCGUUCCAGCUCCAGAGCUUUGACAUCGUCUGCAGCACUUCGUGGGCCAGCAGAGACAAGUGCUGUGAACUUCCUGGUCUGAGGAAGGAGGUAGACUGCCCGGCCAUGCCCAAAGCCUGCACCUGCACCCAGGACAGCAAAGGCCCCCCCGGCCCUGCUGGACCACCAGGAGGCUCCGGAAUCAGAGGAGCCAGAGGUGAUCGGGGAGAACCGGGCCCGGUGGGGCCAACUGGUCCAGUAGGUGAUACAGGUGUACCAGGACCUCAGGGACCCCAAGGACCACAGGGACCCAGUGGACGCUCUAUCAUAGGACCCACAGGCCCUCCAGGAGAGAGAGGACAGAAAGGUGAUGCUGGACAGCAAGGAACACAGGGAGUUCCUGGCAGACCUGGAGCUCAGGGCAGAGAAGGACCCACAGGACAAAGGGGACUGCCAGGCAAAGACGGCCCGCCGGGCAGACAGGGUCCUUCGGGAACUAUCGGGACUCCAGGAGGCCCAGGGGCCCAAGGUAACACAGGUCCUCCAGGAAAACAGGGAGAACUGGGACCACCGGGUCCUGCUGGAGGCAAAGGGGAGAAAGGUGAACGGGGCGACCUCCAGUCGACUUCCUCAGUUCAGGCCAUCGCCAGGCAGGUCUGUGAGCAGCUGAUUCAGAGCCACAUGGCACGCUACAACUCCAUCCUGAACCACGUGCCCAGUCCGCCAGUGUCCAUCCGUACUGUGCCGGGACCCCCAGGAGAGCCGGGCAGGCAGGGAACUCCAGGGGCCCAGGGAGAACAGGGACCCCCAGGAAGACCCGGCUUCCCAGGACAGAACGGACAAAACGGGCAACCAGGAGAAAGAGGUCAACUAGGAGAAAAGGGUGAGAAAGGAUCUCAAGGUGUUGGAAUCCAAGGCCCCAGAGGACCUCCAGGAUCCCCCGGUCCACAAGGGCAGGGCAGACCUGGCAGCCAGGGUCCCUCAGGGCGACCUGGAAAUCCUGGAACUCCCGGUCGGCCCGGAGUCCCCGGACCCGUCGGCUCCGCUGGGCCUCCCGGCUACUGCGACCAGAACUCCUGUAUGGGCUAUAAUGUUGGAGAGGGUGAGGAUGUCACUGACGGCGGCGCUAUCCCCGCAGUCCAACUGCCGCCCAACGUCUUCCAGAACUACGGCGAGGUCGAGGAGGACGAUCCCUACCGCUACUACCAGCCCAACUACCCGGCCCCGCGGCCCGUCGCCCCUGACGACCCUGCGCUCGCCCAAGAUGACUACGAGCUGAGGUCCCCCGGCGUCCACCGCAGCGCCCGGAGCCUGGACGGAGAGGAGGAGAGAGCCGGGCCGAAGAGGAGACUAAAGAGAGGAGCGAAGACGCUGUCUGAACUAAUUAAAUGAGAGGAGCUGAUUGGAGGACGGAGGGCUGCUCGCUGUUUCUGAUUGGGCGGUUUGGAGCCGUUACGAACUAAUCAACAAGUGCCUGAUGUAGAGGAUUUCUUAUGGACACCGUAGAGGGGACGGGGUGGGGGUAUCAGGUUGGGACUAUUUUAACUCAUCUAUGCUGUUGAAUUAACUGCAAGAAAACAGGUUUUAGUUGAUUUGUGUUUGUUCAUUUCGUCUCCGUAGAGAAGAUUGUUUCUCAAUGGACUGAGCUUUACUGGGGUUUAUAUUUCACAGUUUGCUUUUUGUCCCAAGACGUCUCUCUGUUAACAGUUGAACUGUUUCUGUGAUCAAAUUCAAGUUUCUCAAACAUCAGAUUGGAGAAAAGUAGCCGGUUCUGUAAUCAGGUUUCAGUUGUUCUGUGUGUUAUUUACCUGGUUGGUUAAGUGCCUCCUAAUUGUCUCUUUACAUGUUUUAUGUAUUUGUGACGGAACGAUAAAGAAAUUACGAUAACUUUAAGCGAAGAGAUGCUUUGCACCAGAUUUAGCUGCUAGCUACACGUCUGCGCUCCCUAAGCAGGUAAACACAAAUUCUACAAGACAACAAUAAAUACUGAUCCGAUAGGCAGCAGCUACAAUAUUCUAACAUUAUCCUCUUAUUGCCCAGUAAGUCACCCACUUUACCUCCAGUGCUAACAGGCCAUGUUAGCCUCCCAGCCCAGCUGCCUACAUAAAGCACAAUAUAAAAUGAUUUUAAACAAACAAUGAAACAAAGAUGAUCGGAGGACAGGAAGCAAAGACUCCAACAGACUUUAAACCUGCGUCAUCAUUCAGAUUUUAAUGUUUCUAUUAUCUCUUCCCAGUUCAGAACUUUACAAACAAAGUUAUUUAUGUAAAGUUUUUGCAUGUUUUUUUUUUCCAUUAAUCAUGAGAUGUAUCAUUUUGUUUAAUUUCAUAGAGCCAUAGACGCGUUCUACUGUUACGUAUAAAGAUUAACGUUUGUUCUCGGUGAGUCGUAUGCAGUUAUUGUAACAGUAUUAAGCUUAAACUGAUGUUGCUCUGUAUUUGAGAAGGUUGAUUAAAGAAUAACAGUUUAUGUAAGACAGAGAGUUAUUAUAUUUCUGAGUCAAUGUAUUUUUGGUUUAGUUGUCAGGUUUCUGGAUCUUGUGAUUGGUCGUGUUGUCGAGGGAUUCGAGUUGUAGAUUGAAAAGAGAUUUUAUUUUGAAGACUGACAGCUGUGUCCCACUCUGUGUUCUUUUUAUUUGUUUAGUUUGGAUUGAUCUUCCUCCAUUUGUAAUAUCGUUAAGCUAAUUUAAGUCGAACUGGAUGCCAUCUGUUGCAGAGACUGAUUUGAUACCAGAAACACAGCAGCUCAGUCCAUUUGAAGUUGAGUUUGAAUUCAUUUAUACGUUCGAUUUCUUACAUUUGUUUCAUUGCUGGAGAUCAGUUCUAUAAAGGGAAGUCCUGUCAUUUGGAAUAAGGGUGUGCCUCAUUUAUUCACCUGUGGAUAAAAUCUUUAAACUAAUUUAGCCAAAAUUCAAGCACACUUUGAACAUUUCCAGAUGUCUUGUAAACCUUUUGAGUUGAGUGUUUCUGAGGCCUUCAGGUCUGCGAGGAGUAAAAACAGGCCUCCCUCUACGCCUCUGACCGGGAUAUGUCUAAAAAAUAAAAUCAAGGAAGUAAUUUAUUUUUUACUUGGUAUUGAUUUUCUCAGAACAAUAAAACUGAAGUACAACCUU